AUGAAGCAAUGGCGAAACUGUAUGUUGGCUGAUCCAUUCUUCAAUAAAUCCGAUCGCAUUGAUCUAAUAAUCGGUGGAGACAUUUACGCCGACAUAAUGGAAAAAGGGCAGAAGAGAGUAAGCGGUCCGUUCUCACAACAAACGAAACUUGGUUGGAUAGUAUCUGGAGCUCUAUCCAAUGGAAUAAGCAAAGUGGAAAAAGUGCAGGUGGCUGCGACGAACCUUGAACGUUUUUGGGAAGUAGAGGAAGUGGAAGCAGAAGAUCAGUGUACAAAUGAUGACCAGUGGUGCAUGCAGAAUUUUGAAAAAUCGACCGUUAUUCGAGAUGAUGGUCGAUUGAUGGUGUCAUUACCUUUUAAGGCUGAUAUGGAACUAGGCGAAUCCAAACCGCAAGCAAUGGCCAGGUUUUUGAAUGGUGAAAAGAAGUUGGAGAAAUAUCCAUCACUAAAAGCUGAAUAUAUAACCUUCAUGCGAGAGUAUCGGGAACUGGGUCAUAUGGUGCAAGUACCGAUGGAGAUGAAAGGAAAAUAUUACUUACCGCAUCAAGCAGUGAUCAGAAAGAUAGCCGAACAACGAAAGUGCGAGUGGUGUUUGAUGCAUCAGCGAAAACAUCGAAUCAAAGAAGUUUGA